UUUUUUUUUUUGACAACAGAAUUAAGGAAAAUGGAAGGUGAUUUUGUGUGUGGUUUUAUCCAAGCAAUGGACGGUGAGAAAGACCCACGUAAUCUUCAACUAGCCUUUCAAUGUGCAGAAAUAAUUAUCAAACAGCUUUCGCUAGGUCUCUUUGUUGAAGAAAUGUUUGAAAUUACUGCCUGUUAUUUUCCUAUAGACUUUCAACCUCCUGCAGAUAAUCCGCAUGGUAUUGAAAAGGAAGAUUUAGUCCUCAGUCUUCGCAGAUGUUUAACUGCAACUCCUCGUUUUGCUGAAUUUGUACUGCCACUCCUUUUUGACAAAUUAUCUUCAGAUGUCCCAGACUCUCGAAUCGAUGCCAUGCAAACUUUGGCUGAGGUUUCCCCUGUGUAUGGAGCUGAAGCUCUCAAUAAAUAUUUAUCAUUAAACGUGCUCUUCUCCAUAUUCAGAAAUGAGUUGAUAUCUGGCAGUAAAGAAGCUCAAGAGGCUGCUUUGAAGGCAACACAAAAUAUUACAUCUACGUUGACUGACCAAAUAAUUGAGGAUGACAGCGAGAGUCCUUUGAAUUCCUUCUUGAAUUAUAUUUUAAAAGUUUGCCGAUUAAAUAGUCAACAGGAGGAACAGUUUGUUAAUCACAUGAAGCUUCUUCAUAGUGCUGCUUCGGCAUCAAAAGUUUCUGCAAUUUAUAUUCUUCAACAAAAACUACCAGAGCUCUUGGAGAUGAAUGAGAAAGCAUGUCAGUCAAACUGGAAAGUUCUUAUUCUGAGGUGUAUAUAUGGGUUUUUAGAAGCUACCAAAUCUUUACCAGAUUUGAAGAAUGAAGAAAAUCCUGUCUCUCAGCAUCUCAACAAAAUAUUUGCCAUGUUCACAACUUGUUUAAGUAACUCGAGUGUCUCACUUUGUUUGAUUAGUGUUAAGUGUCUUGCUUUGCUGUUGGAUUAUCACGAUAUCCUCGACCCUGAUAAAAAGGCGUUAAUUAUGCAACACAUUCUCAUAGUUAUGAGUAAAACAAAAGAUGAAAUUCUAAGAUCUCAGUGUAUUUCUACAUUAUCUGAAGCAUCAGUCAAAUACCCAGAAAUCAUACAACAGAAUGUUCUGCCAGCAUUGUUUCAAAUCUUAAAGAAUGGAACCAGAGACAACAUAUCGAACCAAAGCCAUCAAAUAAACAUAAACAGUGCCCUAGAAAUAUUUUCUUCAAUUUGUAUGCAACCUUCACUCACAAAAGCUGUCUUACCAGAAAUUUGGAUUUGGUUAGAGAAUUUAGUUAAAGGCGAUCCCAAUAGAACGUCUGAUGUCAGUAAAUUAUUUCACGAAGGAAUGGAAUCGUUACUCAAAAUUACAAUCAUCAACUGUUCUGACCACCCGUUUAUGUGUCCGGAGUAUUUUUAUUCAUGGUUGCUGCCUCAAUUAUUAAAGUUAAACAUUUGUCAUCUUGUCGAAAGUGAAGUCUCGUCCACCACAAACUCAAUCACAGACUGCACAAGCUCUAUCUUGAGGGAAAUUUCAACAAGGCUUGACAAAAGGAAAGGAGAAGAAUUAUCGGAACAAAUGAUACGGCUUUUCCUUCACCAAGAUCUUAGUGUAUUUGACAUUUCUGCUUCUUUGAACAUGAAAUUUUGUCCAUUAAAGCCAACAUCUGUCAAACAAACACGACUGAUAGGAUUUUUAAUGGCUGUCAUAUGCAGUCUUCUUCCUGAGGUUUCCAUUGAUGACUUGCAACAGUUGCUCGAGCAACUUGCUGGCCUUGCAUUACAAAGCAAAGAUCAAAUAACACGAACAGCAGCAGCCAAAUGUUUUGCCGGCCUUAUCAACAAACACGGACAGACUUCUCCUGGCAAAGAAUGUUUAGAUCGUUUACAAGAGCAACUUAAAGAUAAAUUAAUGAAUAAAAAUAACUCUUCAGGUGAUCUUCGAGCGAAAGCUUUACAUUUGUGGCUCUGGAUUACUAAAGCUCUCCUUAUCUCUGCUCAUUCUGAAGCUAACAACUUUGUUGGACUGGUAUUUAAUCUAUUGAGUGAUGAAGAGCUGGGAGAAGCGGCAGCGGAAGGGAUGUUUCUCAUUCUCUCUGAAUAUAAAGAUGUUUUAAGCCAACCCCAACAUGCAAAGAUCCGUAUUAUGUACAAGCAAAGGCUUUUUGUUGAAAAUGUACAGCAUCUGUCAAAAUCAUUCCAUGAAGUAAAAUCCGAGUUAAAGAAGAAUUAUCUGAUAGCCGUGUCACAUUUAUUAACGUUUCUACCACAUCAAGUUCUUGUCUCCAAACUCCCACCUUUGGUACCAAUGUUGGUGUUAGCUCUGAUGUUUGACGACAACAAACUCCAAAUGUCCACAAUGGCAACUAUGAAGACCGUACUGGAUGAAAGCCCAAAUCUUCUAGCGCAGCAUGUUAAUCUGGUUGUACCCAAGUUAAUCAAACUCUCUGAAACAAAUGCUUCAAUGAAAGUACGCAUUGCUUCGCUUGAGUGUUUAGAGAAUUUGACACAACUACCGACAACCACUCUACUGCCAUACCGAAGAGAAGUAAUUCGAGCACUUGGUCCCGUUUUAGACGAUAAGAAACGCUUAGUAAGGAAACAAGCUGUCAAAGCGAGAGGAGAAUGGUAUCUUCUUGGUGCUCCAAGCAGCUGAGAACGAUGAACAUUACUUCCCACUCGUCAAUGUUGAGAUAGCAUUCCAAAAAAUUCUUCCUUAAAAAAAAAUGGCCAUCUGGAACAAAAAGCAGCUGUUCAUUUGAAAGGCAAUGAAUUUUUUAAAAAUCAGAAAAUAAAUUUCCACCCUUCUGCCAAAUUUUA